GAGGACCCGGGGGCGUGAUACCCCCCAAGGCCGUUAUCCAGGGCGGGAUCCUGCGCUUCCCUGCGGUUGAGCCUGCCGACGAGUCCCAGUACCUGUGCCGAGUGCGAAACAGCGUCGGGCAGCAUGUGGCCCGAGCUUUCCUGCAGGUGCAAAGUACCAGUGUCCCCCAAGUGCAGGUGAGCCCCGAGCGGACGGAGGUGCAGGAAGGCAGCACCGUCAGACUGUACUGCCGGGCGGCGGGCUCCCCAGCGGCCACCAUCACCUGGGAGAAAGAGGGCGGCAGCUUGCCUCCACAGGCGCUUCCUGUCUCCGGGUUCUUCCACUUCCAAAGUGGCAGCCGGGAGGCCGUCCGGCAGCGAAUACAGGUGUUCCAGCAGUCCCACUCGGAGAGAACGGACAUCUCCACCCUGGUGAUUCCCUCCAUCACGGCCGCCGACGGAGGGGUGUACCUAUGCGUGGGCAGCAGCCCGAUGGGAGUCGGCAGAGCCCGCAUUGAAGUGGUGGUCAUUCGGGCACACGGCGUCUCGCCGACGGUCAAGAUCGAAGCUUCCUCUUCUUCGGUCACAGAAGGCCAGUCCUUGGACUUGAACUGCGUGGUGGCCGGUCACCCUACAGCCUCCGUCACCUGGUACCGGCGGGGAGGGGCCCUGCCAGCCAACCACCAGAUCCAUGGGGCCCUCCUGCGAAUCUUGGAGGUCUCUGCCGCUGACUCCGGGGAAUACGUCUGCCGCGUCAGCAACGGAGCUGGCCCGAAGGAAGCCUCCAUCAAGGUGACCAUCUCCCAGGGGCAAAAGAAGCUGACCUGUUUUCUGACUUCUUCAGGGCCGUCCCCGGUCAGGAUCGACUCUGCCUCCUCGUCCAUCACCGAGGGUCAGGCUUUGGACCUCACCUGCCAGGUCACGGGCCUCUCGCAGCCCAGGGUCACUUGGUACAAGCGGGGAGGGGCCCUCCCGGCUAAUCGCAAGAUUUCUGGGCUCCAUUUGAGGAUUCUGAAGGCCACGGCAGCGGACUCGGGCGAAUACGUGUGUCGGGUGAUGGACGGUGACAGCGGCAUGGUUCAAGAGGCCUCCAAAGUGAUCACCGUGCACAGCAGCUCCCAAACCUCGGGAGGAGUCGGACCCCCGCUAUGGAUUGAGCCUUCGUCACCCUCCAUCGUCCAAGGAGAAGCUUUGGACUUGAACUGCGUUGUGGCCAGCCAAACCAGCGCUACCAUCACCUGGUACAAACGAGGCGGAUCCUUGCCAGCCGGCCACCAGGUCUCCGGUUCCCACCUGCGCAUCGCCCGGCUCUCCCCGGCUGACCUUGGGGAAUACGUCUGCCGUGUCAGCCUGGGUUCCCUCACCCGAGAAGCUUCCGUCCUCGUCUCCCGCGCCCGCUCCUCCUCCAGUAGGUGUGGGGCUCCUGCCUUUGGCGUGGCUCCUCCCGUGAGGAUCGAGGCCUCGUCAGCCGUCAUCGCUGAGGGACAAACGCUGGAGCUGGACUGCGUGGUUUCCCGCCCGGAGCAAGCCAUGGUUACCUGGUACAGACGGGGUGAAGCCCUGCCAGCCCAUCACCAGGCCUUGGGAACUCGCCUGCGGCUGGUCAAGGUCUCUCCCGCCGACUCUGGAGAGUACGUUUGCCGGGUCAGCUCCGAUGCUGCCAGCCAUGAAGUUUCCGUCUUGGUCACUGUCCAGCAGCAGGAGGGCAGCCCUGUUUUCCGUCUUCAGAGCCCCAUCAUCUCCAUCGAGCCCCACAGCGUGCUGGUGCGCGGAGGGGAAGAGGUUUCCUUCAGCUGUCACAUCCACAAAGGCACCCCGCCCCUGGAGAUCACCUGGAAGCUGCCCAACGACCAGCUGCUAGAUAACGUGAGGAUCAGCCCUAACGGCUCUGCCAUCACCAUCUCCAACGCCCGUCCGGAAAACCACGGGCCCUACCGCUGCGUGGUCUCCAACCGGUUUGGGAUUGCCAACAGCCUGGUCAACGUCAUGGUCCAAGGGCUGCCUACCAUCUCAGUGGUGCCUAAGGGCCCCCUGCAGCUCAAGGUGGGCAAGUCCAUCAGCGUGGACUGCCUGGCGGCCGGAGACCCCCGGGCUGUAGUGCGCUGGACCAAGCUGGGAGCCUGGAGGAAGCUGGAGAACCAGAGGCUGCUACCGCUGGAGAGCCGAGCUGUGCUGCAGAUCUCCUCCGCAAAGCUGGGGGAUGCCGGCACCUACGUGUGCGUGGCCCAGAACUCCGUGGGCACCACAGAGGCCCAGGUGGACGUGAGCGUGGAGGCGGUGCACGGCAGGAGAGGAGUCCCCGAGAUCCACGUGACUCCGACCCAGACAGUGCAGGCCGGACAGACGGCUCGGCUCCAUUGCUCUGCCACCGGUGACCCGGCACCCACCAUCCAGUGGUCCAAGCUGCGGGCUCCGUUGCCCUGGCAGCAUCAAGUGGUGAACGAUACUCUCAUCAUCCCCCGGGUGGCCCAGCAGGACUCGGGCCAGUACAUCUGCAACGCCAGCAACUCUGCGGGGUUCACCGAAGCCUUCGUGGUGCUGGACGUGGAGAUACCACCCUACGCCACCAGUCUUCCCAACCGAGCAGUGGUGCAGGAGGGCGAGGCGGUGCAGCUGCAGUGCCUGGCCCACGGCACGCCCCCCCUGCGCUACCAGUGGACCAAGGUGAACGGCAGCCUCCCCGGACGGGCUACGGUACGAGACGGGGUGCUGCACUUCAGCCAGGCCGGGCACCGGGAUUCAGGCACCUACCGCUGCCACGUCAGCAACCGGGUGGGCUCCGCUGAGGCUUUGGCCCAGGUCUAUGUGCAAG